AUGAACAACUCUACUGAUAGUUCAAGAUCAGUUUAUGUUGGUAAUAUUGAUCCACGAGUAACUAAAGAAGAAUUAUAUGAAUUAUUUAUUCAAUUAGGCCCUGUCAAUAAGAUACGAUAUCCGAAGGAUAAAGUAUUACAAACCUAUCAAGGUUUUGCAUUUAUUGAAUUUUCUACAGAGAAAGAUUUAGAAUAUGUAAUAAAUUUAGUCUCUAAGACUAAUAAUGGUAAUAUAGUAAAAUUAUAUGAUCGAUGGUUACGAAUUAGACGUACAGGAGAUAAUACUACUAAUACGAAUUCAAAUAAGGACAAAAAAUUACAAUCAACAGAAAAUAUUGAUAACAUACCGCUUGCUAAAAUAAUAAUUGAAGGAUUAGAUGACAUUAUUGAUAGCAAAACAUUAACGAGAAUAAUUACAAAAUUUGGUAAAAUAUAUCAACCUAUUGAAAUAUUUUCAAAUUCAUCAGAAAAUCAAGAGGAUACCAAUAUUAGGAGUUGUUAUAUUUAUUUUAAUUAUUAUAGAGAUGCAGAUAAGGUUAUUCAAAAAUUAAAUGAUAGUCAUGUAGGGAAUGCUCAUGUAACUGUAAAAUAUGCAAAAAGGCCAUUAGGACAAAAAGGUAUUUAUGGUAGUAAGAUAGAUCGAAUAAUGAAUAGUGAAGCCGAAAAACAUGGUCUAUUAUAG